GGGAGAGGGACGAAGAGAGUCAGCGGUGUUGGUAUCACUGUUGUAGUGAAUAGCUUUUAUUAUUUUUUUUCUCAUUAUUUUUACAUUUGUCCUUGCUUUCAUUUAUUAAUAUGGCAUCACCUGAACUCUACACUAAGGGAGCGUGUGUGUGGGUGCCGGAUUCUGAAGAGGUGUGGGUGUGUGCUCAGCUUGAACAGGACUACCAACCUGGAGAUCAGCAACUCACACUAAAGCUCAGCGACGGCACACAGGUGCAGUACCCUGUGACGCCUCCGACUGGUCUGCCCCCUCUGGGAAACCCAGAUAUACUGGAGGGUGAAAACGACCUAACAGCGCUCACCUUCCUGCAUGAACCCGCUGUGCUGCACAACCUACGCGUGCGGUUCCUCCACUAUAACAGCAUCUACACCUACUGUGGAAUUGUGUUAGUGGCCCUGAACCCAUAUGAACAGCUGCCCAUCUAUGGAGAAGAGGUGAUUGAUGCAUACAGCGGGCAGGACAUGGCUGAUAUGGAUCCUCAUAUCUUCUCCAUAGCAGAGGACGCCUAUCGUACCAUGAUCAGAGAGGAGAAAAACCAGUCCAUUAUCAUUAGUGGUGAGUCAGGAUCUGGGAAAACCGUGUCUGCCAAGUUCACCAUGCGCUACUUUGCUGUGGUUGGAGGAGCUGCUCAGCAGACCAGUGUUGAGGAGAAAGUCUUGGCCUCCAAUCCCAUCAUGGAGGCCAUUGGGAAUGCUAAAACUACUCGCAAUGAUAACAGCAGCAGGUUUGGGAAGUAUAUUGAAAUUGGCUUCGGAUCUAAAGGAGAUAUAAUUGGAGCGAACAUGAGGACCUACCUCUUGGAGAAAUCUAGAGUUGUUUUUCAGGCCCCAGAGGAAAGGAACUAUCACAUCUUCUACCAGCUUUGUGCGUCCAGAGACCUACCCGAAAUGAGGCCACUCAAAUUAAACGCUGCAGAGCAUUUUCGAUACACUAACCAAGGACAAGAUACAAACAUUCCAGGCACAGAUGAUGCCGUGGAGCUGGAGCACACUCGAAAUGCUUUGACUAUUUUAGGAGUUCCACCUGACCAGCAGAUGGAGUUCUUUCAGAUUUUGGCAGCUGUCCUCCAUCUUGGAAAUAUUAAUAUCCAAGCCAGUGGCAGAGGCGAACGUAGCUACAUCAAUGCAGAUGACCGAUCUUUGGUGAUCUUCUCCAAACUAAUGGGGGUUGAAGGCCCUCAGAUGGCCCACUGGUUAGGUCAUCAGCGUCUAGCUGUAGGUAGAGAGUUACUGGUAAAGCCUAUGUCAGCCCAGAAGGCUAAUGAGGCACGGGACGCUCUGGCUAAACAUAUGUAUGGGCAGCUGUUCUCCUGGACUGUACAGAGGCUGAACUCAGCUCUAAGGGCUCACAGAGAGCAGCCUAAGACUUUUAUAGGAGUGCUGGACAUCUAUGGGUUUGAGACCUUUGAUAGAAACAGUUUUGAACAAUUCUGCAUUAAUUAUGCCAACGAGAAACUUCAGCAACAGUUCACCAGGCAUGUGUUCCAGUUGGAGCAGGAGGAGUACGAGCGAGAGGAGCUACCCUGGAACCGUAUUGAGUUCAAUGAUAAUCAGCCCUGCAUCACCCUUAUUGAGGGCUCUCUGGGUCUCCUGGACCUGCUGGAUGAGGAAUGCAGAAUUCCUAAAGGCUCAGAUGAAAACUGGGCACGAAAACUCUACGACCAUCACCUGAACCGAAGCCCUUACUUCCAUAAGCCGCGCAUGUCCAACGCUGCCUUUAUUGUGCUCCACUUUGCUGACAUGGUCCAGUAUGAAUGUGAAGGGUUUUUAGAUAAGAAUCGUGACACAAUAUUUGAGGAGCCCAUUAAUAUAAUGCGAGCCAGUCAGUCAGAGCUGGUUGCUGAGUUGUUCAAUCAGGGGUCAACAGUGGACUCUCUCUCUGCCUCGUCUGUGCCUGCGAGCAUUCAUGCAGGAAAAAGAGCUCACCGUGAGCAUAAGCUGACAGUGGCCUUCCAGUUUCGCCAGUCUCUGCAGCUCCUGAUGGACACCCUGAACAGCACCACCCCACAUUAUGUCCGCUGCAUCAAACCCAACGACCUCAAACAGCCUUUCCUGUUUGAUCCUAAAAGAGCAGUACAGCAGCUGCGGGCCUGCGGUGUGCUGGAGACAAUCCGCAUCAGUGCUGCAGGCUACCCAUCCAGGUGGACAUAUGAGGACUUUUUCAGUUGCUACAGAGUUCUCCUCCGAGUCUUGUCUGUUCAGGAAGAUUUACGGGCAUCCUGUCGAAACAAAAUUCCUGCCCUCAUCCCUGACCCUGAGCAGUAUUGUUUUGGCAAGACAAAAAUAUUCUUUCGGGCAGGUCAGGUUGCCUUGCUGGAGAAGCUGAGGGCUGAGAGGCUACGGGCAGCAGGGGUAAAGAUCCAGAGCUGGAUGAGAGGCUGGAUCCAGCGCCGACGAUACCUGCAGCUACGCUGGGCAACUUUGAUUCUGCAGAGAUACACCCGGGGAGCUCUGGCCCGCAGAUUGGCUUGGAUGCUGAGGUACACGCGGGCUGCGCUGGUCAUUCAGAAAACAUACCGUAUGGUAAUAGUAAGACAGCGCUACCUUACUGCAAGAAAGGCCACAGUAACUAUCCAGGCCUUUGCUAGAGGCAUGCACGCUCGCCGUGCAUACAGACUGGUAUUGAUGGAGAGAGCAGCAGUUUGUCUGCAGGCCUGGGUGCGAUGCUGGCUUGCUCGACGUUGGUUCAGGCGCGUUAGAGCUGCAGUGGUGCUGAUGCAGUGCUGUGUGCGGAGGAGAGCUGCACGGGUGGAGUUACGCAAGCUGCGAGCAGAGGCUCGCUCUGUGGAGAGGUACAGAGAGCUCAAUAAGGGCAUGGAGGUCAAACUCAUGCAACUUCAGCUGCGUGUUGACCAGCAGGCCAGAGAAAGUGCAUCUCUUCGUGAAUCUCUCCAUGCUGAACGCGAAUCUCACAACACAGAGGUGGAGCAGCUGCGCUCAACUCUACUCAAACUACAGCAGCAGCUACAGGAGCAGAGCCAAGCUGUUCCCUCUGUCACCGCCAAACAGGAGGAGGAGAGGAGGAGAGCUGAAGAGCGAGCAGCUCAGGAGAUUCACAGGCUCACACAGGAAGUGGAAGCUUUAAAAGUAGAGAGGGACUCUUUGGAAAAGGAAAGAGAUGAUCUGACCACUCGUUUAUCUGAGCAGGAGAAAAUUCAAGAAGAGAGCAGACAGCAACAGGUCUCACAGGCUGGAGAAGCAGUACAGGCGGAGCUGGAGGAGGAGAGGAGGAGGUAUCAGGGUUUGCUGAGGGAGUUUACUCGCUUAGAACAGAGAUAUGACAACCUGAGAGACAUGAGCAUGCUCUCUACUGCUGAGCGUUGGUCUGGACACAGAAGAACUGAUUCCACUCAGAGUAUUUCUGUGGACCCUGUUUCUCCCAUCUCUCCAUCCUUUGGCAGCUCCCCUGACUUUUCCUCUUAUGAGGAGAGCAGGAGGAUCAGCGUCACCUCACCUUUUGACAAGAGGCCCGGCAGCACAGAGGCACCUUUGAAUGCAUUAAUGGAGGAUUUGGGAGUCUCAAAGGACACAGGAGAAAAAAUGGAAGCAGAGGACCUUCAACAUGCUUACAAUGCUGUCAGGGUGGCCAACAAGUUUCUGGAGAGGCAGUUGCUGGCUCAAAGAGCUGAGCAGGAGCAGGAGAAAACUGCACUCACUCAGCAGCUUCAGGAAGCCCACGCUAGAGAUGCUCCAGUUAACCAAGAGCUGAAGGAGUUAAUGGAGCAGCUGGAGAUUCGGGAACAGGAGUGCUGCAGGCUGAGGAGGGAACUAAAGGAUCUGAAACACACAGUGACACUCAGAAGAAUUCUUUCUUAUGCAGGUCUAACCAUGUCUGCAUCUCAGAAUACUGUGAAUUCACUACAACACUCGAGCCCGGCUCUGACCGGACUACUGGAGUGUAGGAAGAGAGAUGAGAGCAAACUGAUAAAAAACCUCAUUACAGAUGUACGAGUGGAUGUUGCUCUGUCUCUGGCACCUGGACUAGCAGCAAAGCUCCUGUUUCUGUGUGUGCGCCAGGCGGACUGCAGCAGGGACGAGACCCGAGCCCGAGGCCUCUGUACUGCCACAGUGACUGCCAUCAAAGCAGCCCUAAAAAAGCACAGUGGUGAUUUGGAUAUGACGGCUCUGUGGCUGAAGAACGCUUACCUGCUCAAAGACCUGCUCACCCAGCAUUCACCCACACAGGAAGCAUGGAGAGGAGAGGAUGUGCUCCCAUUGCAGGUGGAGCUGAAGGAGCAGGUACGGAUGCUGGGUGAUGUGUGUAUUCAGGCGUACCAGCAGCUCCUCUCCAUCUCUGAGAGCCGCCUGCAGCCCAUCAUCGUCCCAGCCAUGUUGGAGAGUGAGACCAUCCCAGGUCUGUCUGGAGCUGUGGUGAAGCUGGUCACCUCUCGUAAGCGUGCGGGUUCAGACCCACGGUCUGCAGGCUCUCCGGAUGGAACCAGCAUGCCGACUGUCCUGAAGGAGCUGGGAGCUCUGUACACUGCACUGGUGCGACAGGAGCUUCCCUCCACUCUGCUCGAACAGGCUUUCCGCCAGCUCACACACCUACUCGCGGCCUGCUCACUCAACAGCCUGAUGCUGCGCAAAGACAUGUGCUGCUGGAACCGUGGGCUGCUGAUUCGCUAUAAUGUGAGUUUGCUGGAGGAGUGGCUGAGGAGUCGUGGGCUGCACACAGGGGGCGCUGCAGCCACCCUGGAGCCCCUCAUCCAGGCAGCACAGCUCCUCCAAAUGACCAAGAAAACAGAGGCUGACGCACAGGCCAUAGUUAACACCUGCAAUACUCUUUCCAGCCAGCAGGUUGUGAAGCUUUUAUCACAGUACAGCCCACAGAGUGAUGCUGAAGAGAGAGUCACGCUCAGAUUCAUUCGCACUGUUCAGGGCCUGUUGAAGGGGCGUGCAGAUGGAAACACCACAGCACUGCUGCUGGACAUCAGGAGGGUUUUCCCCGUCACCUUCCCACACACACUGCCUUCACCAAUCAGCGCAGAGCAGCUGCACAUCCCUGAAGCACUCAAGAUCAACUUCCUGCGCAGAGUCUGAGGGAAAGAUAUCUCAGA